CAUAGCCAGCACGCAUCUGUGCAUGAACAAGCAUUAGAGCAUAAUUUUGAUGAGGGAUUGGUAUUCACGCUGUUGAGUAUUUAUAUCAAAUUGUGGUCAUAUAGGAGUUUUUAUAACAUUGUUUGAUCUGAACAUGAAAAUGUGUUAGUGUAUAUGCAAUUCGGUGAUUUAGGUAAGCAAUUUGAACGCGGCCAUUUCACUGCCUUGUUGGCUACUUUUCAGUAGGGAGAGUAGUAUUUCUUUGAAGCUCCGCUUUACGAAGCCUUGAUGUGCUGUGUAUAUAUUCUUUACCCGCCAACCGCCAUGCCGUGCCCAUGCGUUCUAUUGUUCCGUCUCUGACCAUCGAAGUAGUUUGAUAGGUUACGUUGUUGCAGUCGGGUGUGUUUUAUUCUUUGACAUAAGAAACAGUCAAUUCGAACUAUAGCGAGCUUCGAAGAACUUACAGUUUGUGUUAACCUGAAUCCGUUUGCAGAGUUAUUAGAAUUUGCGGCAUAUAAACCGUCUACGUGAUUUAGUUUUCUGUUUACUGCACGGUGAACACAGACAUCAGUUGGGAAAUGGUCAUGGAAGCCGCCCCAAGUCCUCAAUGCGUAGGCCGUGAGUUCGUGCGGCAGUACUACACAUUGCUUAAUAAAGCACCAGCACAUCUUCAUAGGUUUUACAACAAUAAUUCCUCCUUUGUACAUGGCGGUCUAGAUGCACCUAAUAGAGAAACGACACCUGUGAUUGGACAAAAGCAGAUCCAUCAAAAAAUUCAACAGCUUAAUUUUCAUGACUGUCAUGCUAAGAUAAGUCAAGUUGAUUCUCAGGCAACACUUGGAGAUGGUGUUGUUGUCCAGGUAACAGGUGAACUGUCAAACAGUGGUCAACCAAUGCGACGUUUUACUCAAACUUUUGUUCUAGCGGCACAGGCACCAAGGCAGUAUUAUGUUCACAAUGACAUAUUUCGCUAUCAGGACAUGAUACUAAGUGAUGAAGAAGUCGAACAGGAUUCAGGUAGAUCAGAAGCUGAAGAUGAUGCUGAAUCAGAACUUCAUCCCGCCCCAGAAGUGAUACAGCCGAGAGUACAGCAACAGCCUGUGUCACAGGCUGUGGCUUACUACAAUAGUACUGGUCCAAUACCUACCCCUGUGCCACCAACUAACACUGCACCAGCAACCACUGUACAGCCUCAGCAGCAAUUGCAACAGCCAGCUCAGCAGCAGCAGCCACCCCCACAGCAGCAGGUUCCUCUGCAGCUUCCAACAUCCCAACCUUUGCAGCAGUCACAGCAGCAGUCACCACAGCUUCCAUUGCAGCAGGUAGCAUCUGGCCCAGCCUCAAUAGGGCCAACUCCUCAGGUGCUACCAGCUUCACAGCCAGUGACAGUGCCUAAUUCAGGAGCCUCUGUACCAAAUGGUACCCAUUCAGAUGAUUCGAGCUCUGGAACAGUGCAGCAGACACAGCAAGUUAUUGCACCUCAGGAGGAGGUAUCAGCCCCAGAAGUCAAUGAGGAACAUGGAACAGAUGAAGAACAUGAUGUGCAGUUGGGACAACGUGAUAGCAAUACUGCUGAUGAAGAUAAGGGACAACUUCAAGAGACUCUGGAUGAUACUCAGCAGAUUAUUGAAUCUGCAUCCAGCGAACCAAAAACAUAUGCAACACUAGUUAAAACUGGUGGAAUUGGUAUUGGUACUGCAUCAUUCUCAUCAAUAGCAACAGCUACAGGUGCUGCAGUAAAACCGACAUCAUCACCUCCUCCAAUGGUGCAGCAUGGUGUCGACUCUCAGAUGGCUGGCCUUAGUGGUCCAGGUGGUUUAUCUCAAGGUCAAAGAGGUGCACGUGCUCGUGGGGGAGGCAGCAUCCGUGGUGUUAUCCGACCAGACCGCUCUUCUGGUACUGGCAGAGGAACGUUUGGUGAUGACAAUGGAAAUGUAACAGCAGAUGCAGAUAGCCGCAGGAUUGGUACUGGGAUUAUGCAACAGUAUCCAGACUCUCAUCAGCUGUUCUUGGGAAAUAUUCCUCAUCAUGCAACUGAAGAGGAUCUAAAGGAAUUAUUUAGUGCCUAUGGACGUAUCGUAAAUUUACGAAUCCAUGCAAAACAAAAUACAGGAAACAGGCCAAACUACGGUUUCAUCAUAUAUGAAGAAGCGAGUUCUGUACAGACAUUGCUUAACAAACGGCCAAUUUACUUUCAAGAUCAGAAGCUGAAUGUUGAAGAGAAGAAGACAUCCUCAAAUAGGCUACGUGUUGACCAACAAGGGCGCUUAGGCUCGAGCGGUGACACACUGAUUGCUGGUGGUCGUGCCAACAGUGGCCUGGGAGGCCCACGAGGCGGCAUGAUACGAGGAGGUACGGGCCUUCAUCGCGGUGGGGGACGUGGUGGCUUUGGCCGAGGAGAGGGGAGAGGUGGUGGUAUGACUAGGGGUAAUUAUAGACGCUAACGAGUUUAAUGUGAGAAGAGUUCUCUCUUCUGCAUCAUAUGGUUUCUCAGUUGUGGAGAACGAUCAUGUUGAGGCUUUUAAUUUUCUGAGCAGGGAUUUAUUUUGUCAUGAAAACAGUACUAUUGUUAUAUAAUUAUUUAAUGGAUUAGUAACCAAGCAAGUGACAAAUCAUUCAAGAAAGAAUGCGUAAUUUGCAACAUGCAUCGUUGGCACACUGAAGACGACCUUGACUGAAUUGCAAGCAAAGUGGUUUUUUUUUUUUUGCCCUCCCCAAGACAGUCUUGCAUUUCCCUUUAAGCAUGAGUUUCCAGAGUGAACUGUUUUAAAAACUUUCUAACAUUGCAACCACUGUCGCUGUUGUGGUUUUUUUUUUUUUCUUUCUUUUU